AUGAAGUGGGUCAUUGAGGUUACAGCACUUUUUCUUGGUUUUGCAAGCUGGGUUCUGGUUUUUGUAGCACUGGAAGAUCAGUACUGGAAAGAAUCCACCACGGAUGGCAGCGUAAUCACAACCUCCACACUCUAUGAAAACCUGUGGAUGUCUUGUGCCAGUGAUUCAACGGGGAUCUAUAAUUGCUGGGACUUUCAAUCACUUUUAGCUCUUCCAGGCUUCAUUCAGGCCGCCCGAGCUCUGAUGAUCUCAGCCAUUGUGUUCGGGACAUUUGGGCUCUUGGCAACACUCGUAGGGAUGCAGUGCUCGAAAAUAGGAGGAGAGAACUACGUCCUGAAGGGGAGGAUCGCUGCAAUCGGAGGAGUGUUCUUCUUACUGCAAGGGCUUUGCACCAUGAUUGCUGUGUCCUGGUAUGCAGCCAAUAUCACGCAACAGUUCUUUGACCAGUUUUAUCCAGGGACGAAGUAUGAGAUUGGAGAGGGCCUGUACAUCGGCUGGUCCUCAGCCACACUUGCCAUUUGCGGAGGUUCGUGUCUGCUGUGUGCUUGUAAAAUGGAAUCAUCUGAGGAAAAAAUACAAUAUCCAUACCAACCAGGCUCCAGAGGAUACAUGCUGUCAACUGUGGCAACAUCUCACACUGCGCCAAGCAACUAUGGAAGGAAUGCUUAUGUCUAG